GCCCUAUUCAAUCGAUCUGCGUAUUCCGAGUGGCUAGUAGAUAUUUGCGUUUGAAUUUAAUUGUUCGGUUGUGAAAAUCUUAAUUUUAUCCGCCAUGGACCCCUUCAACUCAACUUUCGACAAGCCGGAGUUCGACUGGGACGCCAUCAACGUGGGCGACUACCAGUUGGAUCACUCCCAGAACUUCUUUGCAGCGGCUAACAAGGAGAACCACCGGCGCCUCAGUAAUGUCAAUGUCAACUACCUCCUGUCCUAUCCCACUCCGCAAAAGAUCUGCCAGGAGCAGUUCACUGGGGUGCCAGAGGAGUCUCCAAAGAAUCCCAAUACGGAGCCCCAGGAGCCAAACACAGAUAUCUCACUUGACCUUCCGUCCUGUGUUGCGAAACUGAAACUAGAGGCCCAAGAGCCGAACACAGAAAUCACUGUUGAUCACGGCCAGGAGCAUCAGAGCGACCACGUCCCCGAGCAGUCCGAAGUGGUGCCAAUCCAUCCCAAAGAGGAGGCCGAGUCCUCAAAAGAACCUGAACUGGAGCUUAAACCUGAGAUCCAAAUAGAUCAUGCUCAAGAGCAGCAGAGAGAGCUCAAACAGAUAAUUCCCCUCACCUGGGGCGAGGAAGAAGAGGCGCAAGAGCACAUGACGGAGGCCGACCAGCAUCUGGUCAACCAGGCCGCCCGUCCGCCCGGUGCCGGCGCCAAUCUGCGCCUCCAGUGGAGCCCCAAAAGAAAGGACGAGCACCACGAGGAAGCAGGCUCCUCUGCCGCCCCCAAGGCCUACCAGUUCAAGGACGUGUACGAGAGCAAGCGGCUGGCGGCGAUGCGCAGGCGCUCCGAGGAGGACAAGAAGGCGCGCCAGUUCCAUAGCCGGCCCAUGCCAAACUUCAGGGCCAUGCACAAACGCAUGGACGAGCUGGUCGUGGUCCACAGGAUCACAGUGCCCCUGACUCCCGAGGUGGUCAAGCCUUGGCAGAGGCGGGUGCCCGAAGGCGCGGAACUGGAGCGGCAGCGUCCGGCUGGCACCCGCUCCAAGCCCUUCAACCUGCGCAGCGAGCAGCGCGUGCGCGACCGCCGCGAAUUCGACGCCGCCGUGCAGGUCGGCCAGGAGCAGAAGAAGAAGGAGCAAGACGAACAACGGAAGCGAUGCGAGCAGGAGGAGAUUAAGGAGAUACGCAAGAUGACCGUAUUCAAGGCGCGUCCGAAUCCAUUCAAGUAGCGCUCGAUGGAACUGGAACCAGUCGACUAGCGAACAUUUAAUCACCUUGUCCAAAUUUGUAUGAUGUGAAGGCGCUGCUACACACUAACCGCGUCCACUGCGCCCGUACAUAGUUUUACCACAUUAACACAGUUUUCGUCUCUAACAUUACUUUUACGCGUACAUUUCGUUCCCUUUUUUGGCGGAUAAGAAACCACUAAAAUCGUAUGUUUGGCGGGAGGAUUAAACUAUAUGGAUAUGUAUACAAUAUAAGCAAUUUGCAAUUGCGAUUAUUAACUGUUUUCUAUUUGUACAAAGCCGAAAAAACAAUAAAUUAAUACUGUAAAUUUACCAAAA